UGGGCUAGGGGAGGAGCUCCCACAGGCCUCUAUUUAGGGCGGGAGGGGAGUGCGGGCUAGACUCCUCAGAGUGGCUACCUGGCGCAGCUCUUUGCCUCCUGGAUUUCUCGCCUGCCUGCUGUCCCUUAGUCCUGCCUGCCUGCCACACCCACACUCCGCCCCUCAGGUAGCCUCAUGGCUGCAGCCUGUGAGAUCAGCAACGUCUUCAGCAACUACUUCAGUACUAUGUACAGCGCAGAGGACCCCGCUCUGGCUUCUGUCCCCCCUGCUGCCACCUUUGGGGCUGAUGACCUGGUGCUGACCCUGGGCAACCCUCAGAUGCCACUGGAGGGCACAGAGAAGGCCAGCUGGUCAGGGAAGCAACCCCAGUUCUGGUCAAAGGCCCAGGUUCUGGACUGGAUCAGCUACCAAGUGGAGAAGAACAAAUACGACGCAAGCUCCAUCGACUUCUCACGGUGUGACAUGGACGGGGCCACGCUCUGCAACUGUGCCCCCGAGGACCUGCGGCUGGUCUUCGGGCCUCUGGGGGACCAACUCUAUUCCCAGCUGUGGGACCUCACUUCCAGCUUUCCUGAUGAACUCAGCUGGAUCAUUGAGCUGCUUGAGAAGGACAGUACGGCCUUCCAGGAGCCCCUCGGCUCCUUUGACCAGGGAAGCCCCUUCAGCCAGGAGAUGCUGGAGGAGUGCCGGCAGGCCAGCCCCUACUUCCCGGGCAGCUACGGCCCAGGAGCCCCCUCCCCCGGCAGCUCUGAUGUCUCCACAGCAGGGACCGGUACUUCCCAGAGCCCCCACUCCUCAGACUCCGGUGGAAGUGACGUGGACCUGGAUUCCAGUGACAGCAAACUCUUCUCUAGGGAUUGCUUUCCCGACUAUAAGAAGGGAGAUCCUAAGCAUGGGAAGCGGAAACGGGGUCGGCCCCGAAAGCUGAGCAAAGAGUCUCGGGAGUGUCUGGAGGGCAAGAAGAGCAAACAUGCCCCCAGAGGCACCCACCUGUGGGAGUUUAUCCGGGACAUCCUCAUCCACCCGGAGCUCAAUGAAGGCCUCAUGAAGUGGGAGAACCGGCAAGAGGGCGUCUUCAAGUUCCUGCGGUCAGAGGCGGUGGCCCAGCUUUGGGGCCAAAAGAAGAAGAACAGCAGCAUGACCUACGAGAAGCUGAGCAGGGCCAUGAGGUACUACUACAAACGGGAGAUCCUGGAGCGGGUGGAUGGCCGGCGGCUGGUCUACAAGUUUGGCAAAAACUCCAGCGGCUGGAAGGAGGAGGAGGUUGCUGGGAGUCGGAACUGAGGGUCCUAACGGGACCCAGGACUGAACCCACGGACUUGAGGCCUGCAGCCCCUCCUGGGACGACCACCAGGCCCUCACCAUUCGGGCAUACUGGGGCCGGGCCACAGAGAGAAGCUGAGGUUCUGGUACCUUGUUCAGCCAUCAUCCUGGGAUCCGAGGCUUGUGGCCUCUCCUCUCCGCCCUGCUCUUGGAAUAACGAGCCCUGGGGUUUGAGGUGACUUGUCGGCUGACCACAGGGGCCAGCAUCACUCCCCUUACCUGGUGCCUCCUCAGACCCCACCCAGACAGCAGCUGCAGACGAUGCCCUCCACCUCCAGAGGCCUGCACUGAGCCACGGAGGCCCAGGGAAGCAACAGGGGCGCCGUGAGAGAGGGGGCUGGGCAGGGUCCUCCUGCCUCCGGCUUUUGGACUGGCUUCCACCUCAGUGCUUGGACUCCGCAGGCAGGGGUCGGAGCACUCCCUAAUUUAUGUGCUAUAAAUAUGUCAGAUGUACAUAGAGAUCUAUUUUUUUCUAAGACAUUCCCCUCCCUGUUCCUCUCCCACCACGUGUUCGUGGUCAGACUGUUCUAGGCCCUCGGCAGGGCCGGUGAGGGGCAGGGAGAUGCCAUGACCCUCAGGAUGGGGCUCCUGGCUCCUCUCUCCUGUGAAUGGAGGCAGAGACCUCCAAUAAAGAGUCUUUGGGGUUUUUUCUAA